CCCAAACCUUUGCUUGAAUAAACACCUCAAUCUCUGUGCACAUGAUAGAUUCAUCUUUGAGCCCCACGUGUAUUCCUGUUUGAUCGUACAAUCAUGUUGGUGAUGACGGGGACCACAGGUCAUCUUGGUUCUCGGGUUCUGUCCUCGAUCCUCGACCUCGGCUUGAUACCUUCCAAGGACAUGGUUAUUUCUUCCAGCAAUCCAGACAAAGUCUCAUCCAGAGCCAGAAGUGCAGGGAUUGAGAUCCGCCGAGGUGACUUUACUGAUCCAAGUUCACUAGAGAGAUCUUUUCAAGGUGCGGAUGCCUUGUUCCUGGUCUCGUUUCCGUCACCAUCGAUCGAACGAUGGUUGCAUCAUCAAACUGCCAUUGACGCCGCCAAGAGGGCUGGGAUCAAGACUAUCAUCUAUACGAGUCUCAUGUUUGGUGGGGAAUCCGGCCUCGAGAGUAUCGCUGGAGUGCAACAGGCUCAUAUCAAGACCAUCGAGUAUCUGAAGCAGACGGGGCUUAACUACGUCAUCGUUAGAGAAGGCAUUUAUGCUGAAAGCUGGUGGCUCUAUGCCGGCUAUCAAAACGCCCACUUUGACAAGAAUGAUAAAAGUGAGCUGCGAUGGGUCAUCCCCAACGACGGACCGGUCUCUUGGGUCUCUUGGGAUGACUUGGGCGAGGGAACUGCGUUAAUUUUGGCAGAUUAUCAACGUUACAGUGGACAGACACUACGACUGACUGGGCCGAGAGCCACCGAUAUAAGGGGGGUCGCGAAAAUGGUCGAGUCAAGAACGCAACGGACUGUCAAGGUCGAGAUUGUGGGCAAGGAUGUGGCCGAGAAGUACCACAAAUUUGAGAAGUGCAGUCUGCCCAAAGACAGUUUCUGGAUGAUUGAGAGCUGGGUUGGCUGGCACGAUGCACUUGCAAGAGGAGAAGCAGCUACGGUGGACCCGCUACUUCAGAAUCUGUUAGGAAGGCCACCCAAAGGUAUGGAGGAAAUGGCUGAUCAACUUUUCCAACCCGUGUGAGAAGCAGAUGGACGGAACCAGAGCGAGUAAGGAAGAAGAGAGAGGAGGGAAAGAGACAGAAGAAGAAUAUAUCACGUGUAUGUCCAUCCUUGCACGUGCACUGCUGCCAUAACACUCCCAGACUCG